GCAAUGUCACGAUUUCAAUGAAAUUUGAUAUUCAUAAAUUCAAGCUGUAUUCAAAUUGAAACUUGUCACAGACACUGUUUGUCAAAGGUCUCUUCGACUGUUCUCCAAAAAGGCUCAUUUGGUCGCUCAAUUCAACGUCAAUUUGCCAUAUCCUGGUAAUAUUAAACUAAAGUAAGUGCAGGAUUUACUUUACACGUAAAAACCAAGAGGCAAGAGAGCUUAUAAACUGACGUGGCAAUUACCCUGUUAUAGUUAUAUUAUUGAUGCAGAACUGCUGUUGAAUAACGAUGUAAGAAGUUCUGAAUAAAAAAAUGUCGUUUGUGUCAUGAAAAAGGACUUCACUGUUGAUUUCGUGGCUUGGUUUAUAAGUGUACAUUUACAAUAACGCAUUACGAGAAAUGAAAGUAAAAUUCUAAGAACUCUAAUGACUGGUAUAAUUGUAAUUAAUGAACUGCUUUUGAAUUGAAAUGGCCUCGAAAUUGGCCGUAUACGACACUGGUUAUGAAGAUGAACUAUUUCAAUAUCCCGUUGGUCCUAGUUUUCACUGUUGUAUUUGCACCAAUGUCAUCAAAGAUCCGGUUAUGUGUCAGCAAAAUGAACACAUCUUUUGUAGAGCUUGUGUCACCAGACAUCUUGUGAACUUUCAGACAUGCCCGACAUGCAUGGAACCACUCACUGUCGAGACACUAAGCCAAGCACCUCGGGGUAUAAGAAACUUGCUGGCCGAAUUGAAAAUUCGAUGUGAAUUCUUCGAUCGUGGUUGUGGGAAGUUUAUUGACCUGGGAGAUCUUGAAAGGCAUGUCACAGAAUGUGGUUUCGCCCCAGCAGUCUGCUCUAACGAAGGAUGUCAACUUGAGGUGAAUAAACAAGAUUUACUUCAUCAUGAAACUUCUGUGUGUGAACUACGCAGAGUUCAAUGUCACAGUUGCAAGGACAUUCGACAAGAGAUGGAUACAGUGAAAGUUAAUCUGGCAGCAAUGAAUGAAAAGUUGGACAGAAAUGAGAAACAUUUCGAGAGAGUUGAAGAAAACCUGAAAAGAAACGAGGAAAACGUGAAAGCAGAGGUUAAGAAUGCGGUGGCAAAAGUUGACCUGGUUCAAGAACAACUUAACAAACAGGAAGAAAGCAAUUGUCAGCUAAUAGCGGACAAUGUAGAAAUGAAGAAAAGUUUGAAUGAAAUUAUGAAACAACUGGAAAGAAUAACACAACAAACAUCCCAUGAAGAGCAGGCUGAAGAAACAAAGAAAGGAAUCGCAGAAGCUGAUGGAUUGGACAGAGAUCCGAAGGUUGUUAUCGCUGGAGGCUGGAAUGGCAAAAGAUUAAACUCUGUAGAAGUGUUUAGUCUGUCAACUGAAAUGUGGACACUGCUACAACCAAUGGAGGUGCAUCGUGAAGGAGUAUCUUCAGUUGUUUACAACAAUCAGUUAUUUGUCAUUGGAGGUUUUGUUAAGACCAUGGAAAAAUUAUCACUGAAUGAUGUUCAUGUUGACCAGUCCAUACCUUGGGAAAACGUUCCUGCUGGGUUACCUGAAAAGUUGGCAGGACACUGCAGUGUAGUUUAUAAUGGACGGUUGAUAGUGAUUGGUGGUUAUGUUGCUGAUAAAUGUGCAUAUUCUGAUAGUAUUACUGAGAUUUCUCUUGUUCAACCUUAUACCAGUAAACUGUUGACUACCAUGCCACAGACAAGAUGUUACCAUGGUGUUGCAAUCUUUGGUGAUAAGAUCUUGAUUGUUGGAGGAAGAAAAAUGUUGGAAAGUAGAUCAGUUCUCAGAAGUGUUGUUAUGUAUGACAUCGCUAAGAAUGAAUGUCAGGGGUUAGCACCCCUCCCUUACCCUGUGUGUGAAAUGGCCACAGUCAAGUGGGAUGAUGACAAUGUCAUAAUAAUGGGUGGCGCUGACAGUAACGGUAAAAUAUUAAACAAAGUUUUAAUGUACAACAUCAAGACCCAGAAGAGUCGUAUGUUACCAGACAUGAAGUAUAAGAGGAGUGGAUGUGUGGCUGCAGUUGUCAGAGACACUGUGAUUGUCAUGGGAGGCCUAGAUGAAAGAAGCAAUUACUUAAACUCUGUAGAAAGUUUUAGAUUUAAUAGUUAUAUGUGGCAAGAAUGUCCAGGUAUGCUUGAAAGGAGGUGCAGGGCUACUGUGGUUGUAUGUUAACUAUAUGUAUCCUAUAUAUUAACAAUCUAUAUGUUUAUUUGUAAAAUCAUAUAUAUUCACAAUACAUAUGCUACUUUAAAG